CUUCGAUGCAGCAGAAUUGUCGAAAGAGUAUAAAAGAUAAUGAUGCAUUCGUUAAACAGUCAGUAAAAAGUUUAAACUUGACUUAACUAGAUCAACUCUCAGAGAAAAUAAAAUAAUUGAAUCUGUAAAAAUGGCUUUUAAAAUUGUCCUUUUAUUCGGUUUAAUUGCUGCAGCUUCUGCUGGAAUUUUGACUCCAGUUGUACAGCACGAAGAACCAGCAAAUUAUAAUUUCAACUAUGAAGUUCAUGACACACAAACUGGAGAUAUCAAGAGACAACAUGAAGUAGCCAAGGAUGGUGCUAUCUCAGGAGAAUACUCAUUAUUUGAUGCUGAUGGUUUUAGACGUGUUGUAACAUACACAGCUGAUGAUCAUCAUGGUUUCCAAGCCAAUGUACAACGUGAACCAAUAGGACAUAAAGUAGUCGCAGCUCCAGUCGUUACAAAAGUUAUCCAACCAGCUGUAACAAAAGUUGUAACACCAGUAUUUUCACAUGGAUGGCAACCAAACCCACAUGCUUCAAAUCCUUGGAGCUAAAUGAUCACACAAAACAUAUUUGUAUAUACCGUAACUUCAUAAAAAAGGCUUACUUUAAAAAUUC